AUUCAUAAAGUAGUCCGGCUGGGUUGAAAGUCGCUCCUCAGUUGGCAAGAAUGUUUCGGCUCCCACGGAAAUCACUAUAAUAAUUUUAAAGGAACACGGAGUCUGACGUCGGAGGAACUGCAGCGAGCUAGAUGAAUUUCUAGGAUCACUGUCACAAGCCGUUUCAUUUUAAAGACUAGGGUAUAAUUUAAGAGAUACCAGUUCUACAAGCCAUAACAAGCCACAAAACACUUGCUUUACGGAUAACAUAAAGCUACAGGGUUUCACAACUUCUACAGAGCAGAAUGCCUGUGAAAGGAGUCGGGAAAGUGGCUGCGUAUCCAAGCAAAGGCGAAAACGUCGGAAGCUCAGGAAUGGAGGAGACUGUUUGGGAGCAGCACACUGUGAACCUACAAAGGGACUCCAAGAUGGGGUUCGGUAUUGCUGUGUCGGGGGGACGGGACAACCCCAACGUGGAUAACGGAGAGAUGUCAAUCAUCGUGUCAGACGUCCUACAGGGUGGACCAGCCGACGGACUCCUGUUUGAGAAAGAUCGUGUGAUCCAGGUCAACUCCAUCCUCAUGGACAACGUGCCUCAUUCCUUCGCUGUGCAGCAGUUACGCAAAUGUGGGAAGACCGCCAAGAUAACGGUGAAGAGACCUCGGAAGGUGGCUCUCCACUCCCUGAAGCACCCCCCCUCCCCCGGCGGCGAAAGUCGAGACUUCGGCACCACCCGUUACUACGAUGCCGAUGACAACCAGAGUGACGGGGGCUGGCAACGUGGCAACGGUGGGCCCGGUUACACCCACGAGCCUCGUGACCUCACCCCUGACAACAAGAACUACCUGGACCCCGACUACGGCAGCCGCGGUAAUCGGGGGAGGAGCCGGGGGAGGAGCCAGGAGAGGGCAUCGCCGAGCCCCGAGCAUCGCCGCGACAACAGCAAGGGGCGGGCCUUGGACCGCGAGCCGCCCAGUCCCGAGAGGCUGCGGUAUCCACGGGAACGCAGCCGGGGGAGGAGCACGGACCGGGAGAGAGGAGGAGGGGGAGGAGGGAGUCCAGAUGGGAGGAGCUACGGCCGGGGCGACAGUUACGAGCGUGGAGGGGGGAGGUACGGGGAUGUGGGAGGUACUGGAGGGAGGAUGGUGAAGAGUAAGAGUAGAGACCAACUCCAGGAGCCUUCCUCCCCGGACCUCCCAAGAGGAGGAGGAGGCGGAGGAGGAGCUAGAGACCUGGAGCCCCUGGAGAAACCUGUUAACGUCCUGCUGGUCAAGAACAGACCCAACGAAGAGUACGGUCUGCGUCUGGGCAGUCAGAUCUUCAUCAAGGAAAUGACCAGUACAGGACUGGCUACCAAGGACGGAAACUUACAGGAGGGAGACAUCAUUCUCAAGAUCAAUGGGACAGUAACUGAGAACCUGUCUCUGAACGAUGCAGGGAAGCUCAUUGAGAAGUCUAGAGGAAAACUCCAGCUGGUCAUCCAGAGAGACCGGAGACAGAUCCUCAUCCGUAUCCCGCCCCUCGUCGACUCUGACUCCGAACCUGACGAUAUUUCAGAGAUGGAGUCCUACCAUUCCUACUCUCCCCAGGAGGACAGGAGAUCUCGUCACUCUGACCUCUCCUCCCAUUCCUCUAAUGAGAGAGACUACCCCAGACCUCUAACCAGCCUGGAAGACUCUCCAAGGGUAGCCAAGAUGUCUGCCAUGGCCUCACCUUUCAGGGUUCCCCCGCUACAGGACCCCCCCUCCCCGGGCCCUGCCACCCUGGAAUCAGAGGGUCUGCCACGCCUCGACGAACCACCAGUGUCAGCAAAGACCACUCCUAAGAUUCUGCUACGCCCCAGCCCAGAGGAGGAAGAGCUCUACGGGGCUAACACGGUGAUGGUGAGUUUCCAGAAGGGGGACAGUGUGGGUCUGAGGCUGGCUGGGGGCAACGAUGUGGGCAUCUUCAUCGCUGGCAUCCAGGAGGGCAGUCCUGCCGAGGAGGAAGGCCUACGCACUGGAGACCAGAUCAUAAAGGUGAAUAAGGUAGAGUUCCGAGGCAUCGUGAGAGAGGAGGCUGUUCUCUGUCUGCUGGAGAUUCCUAAAGGAGAGGACGUCACCAUACUGGCCCAGAGUAAACCUGAUGUCUACAAUGACAUCCUGGCGUCGGGUCGUGGGGACUCCUUCUUUAUCAGGACUCAUUUUGAGUAUGAGCGGGAGGCCCCCCAGAGCCUGGCUUUCUCCAGAGGGGAGAUCUUUAAGGUGGUGGACACCCUCUACGACGGCAAGCUGGGCAACUGGCUGGCCAUCCGCACCGGCAAGGACAAACAGCUGCUAGAGAAGGGCAUCAUCCCCAACAAGAGCAGGGCUGACCAGAUGGCGAGCGUCCAGAACUCCCAUAAGGCCGCUGGGACGGACCGGGCUGACUUCUGGCGUCUGAGGGGUCAAAGGGCAGCCAAGAGAAAGGAGCUGAGGAAGAGCAGAGAGGACGUCAGCGCUACGCCCGUCGCCACACGCUUCCCCGCUUACGAGAGAGUCGUGCUCCGAGAGGCUGGUUUCAGACGUCCUGUGGUUCUGUUUGGACCUAUAGCUGAUGCAGCCAACGACAAGCUUGCUAACGAGCUGCCUGACCUGUUCAUCAUUGCCAAAACGGAGCCUAAAGAUGCCGGUUCAGAGAAAUCCUCAGGAGUAGUGAGACUCAACACCAUCCGCCAGAUCAUCGAGCAGGACAAGCAUGCCCUGCUGGAUGUGACUCCCAAGGCAGUGGACACACUGAACUACAGCCAGUGGUACCCCAUCGUCAUCUUCUUCAACCCAGACAGUAAACCAGGAGUUAAGGCCAUGAGGCAGAGGGUGAUACCUGGAUCCAACCGCUCGGCACGCAAACUAUACGAACAAGCUGUCAAACUGAGGAAGACCUGUUCUCAUCUCUUCUCUGCUACUAUUGAGUUGAACUCGGUCAACGAUGCGUGGUACGGCAGUGUCAAGGACUCUAUCAGAGAGCAGCAGACUCAGGCUGUCUGGGUGUCUGAGGGGAAGCUGGACGGCACGGGGACGGACCUUGAUCUCCAUGACGACCGCAUGUCCUACCUGUCAGCCAUGUCGGCCGACUACCUGAGCAUGGACAGCCGACUGGCCAGUGACUACGAUGACACGGCGGACGAGGGCGGGGCUUAUACGGAUAACGAGCUGGACAAUGAACCGGCCGAUCAACUGCCGGUGUCGGCUAUCAGCCGCUCCUCUGAGCCCGUACUGGCAGAGGAGAUACUGCGCAGGUGCAGUCCAGAUAUCCGUGGUGGCAUCAGGAGGGUGGGCAGCAGGGAGGUGCUCAGCAGCGCCAGCCCAACGCACGUGUUUGUACCUGACCCCCCCAAGGUGAAGCUGUUGUUCAGGGAUGAGGUAGUCCCUCCCAGGGGGGUAGUAGGGGCGUACGACCCCCCCCCCCAGCCGCGGCUACGACUCCCACUCCUCCAGCCCUGCCAGCAACGACCCCCCUCCUCUCCCUCGCUCCCUCAACUCCUUCGGCAAGGCCAAGCCCCUGGCACUGCAGCCCCCCGUCACCGUCAAACCCUCCUAUAAUAUCCAGGACACCACCAGCAGCACAGCCCCAGUCACAGUGGCCCCUAUGAGCCCGGAGGAAUCAGAGGAGAACCCUGAGGACCCCAGCCUCAGGUCGUUCCUGGGGAAGGUCAAGGCCUUCGAGAAGAUGGACCACUUUGCACGCGCUCAGAGGAUGCUGGAGCUGCAGGAGGCACAGAACGCCAGGUUGGAGAUAGCUCAGAAGCACCCAGAUAUCUAUGCUGUCCCCCUGAAGACCCAGAAACUGGACCACAGCCGGCCUCAGCCUAUAGGUUCCAGCUCGCAUCCUGAGCCCCAGACCCCUCCCUCCAAGCUACCGUACUCUGAAAGUCGUGGGUUCUACCUCAGCGAUGAGGAUG